AUGACCAUGUUCACUCAGGUCAGGCAGAGGAUAGUUGGGCUUGCUGGAUAUUUCCAAGGAAGCAGCUUUGAAUUGUCUGGUGCCAGGGCAGAGCUCAUUCUUGGAAAGAGCUGCUUUCUGCCUGGCUUCUCUCAUCAACUGGGGCUCCCAGGAAGAGGAUGCUGCCUAGUACUGGGGUUCAUGUACAAGGAGAAGUUCCGCAGGAUGACUGAAGGCCAAGCCUCCUCCUUCACGCAGCAGCCCCAGGACCAGGUGGUGGUGGCGGGGCAGCCGGUGACGCUGCUCUGCGCCAUCCCCGAGUAUAACGGCAUCGUGCUCUGGAUCAAAGACGGGCUCGCCCUGGGAGUGGGACGGGACCUCUCAAGUUAUCCACGCUAUCUGGUCGUAGGAGACCAUCUGUCUGGAGAGCAUCACUUGAAAAUCCUGAGAGCUGAUCUCCAAGAUGAUGCUGUCUAUGAAUGUCAGGCCAUUCAAGCCGCCAUCCGAUCCAGACCUGCCCGGCUGACUGUCCUUGUUCCUCCAGAUGAUCCUGUCAUCAUGGGGGGUCCCAUCAUCAGCCUGAGAGCAGGAGACCCCCUCAACCUGACGUGCCACGCAGACAAUGCCAAGCCAGCAGCUUCCAUCAUGUGGUUGCGGAAAGGGGAAGUCAUCAAUGGAGCCACCUACUCCAAGACUCUUCUCCGUGAUGGCAAGAGGGAGAGCAUCAUCAGCACCCUUUUCAUUGCCCCCUCAGACAUCGAGAACGGGGAGAGCAUUGUCUGCCAUGCCACCAACAAGGCCAUUCCCAGCGGGAAGGAAACCUCCGUCACCAUCGACAUCCAGCACCCACCCCUGGUGAACUUGUCCGUGGAGCCGCAGCCAGUCCUGGAGGACAACACAGUGAAGUUUCACUGCUCAGCCAAGGCCAACCCAGCAGUCACCCAGUACCGGUGGGCUAAAAAGGGCCAGGUUAUAAAGGAAGCAUCUGGUGACUUCUAUGAAACCAUUGUGGACCACACCUUCUUCUUUGAGCCUGUCUCCUGCGAGGUCACCAAUGCACUGGGCAGCACAAACAUCAGCAGGACCGUGGAUGUCUACUUUGGGCCCAGGAUGGCAACAGAACCACAGUCCCUUCUCGUUGACCUGGGCUCAGACGCAGUCUUCAACUGUGCCUGGACUGGAAACCCAUCUCUCACCAUCGUCUGGAUGAAGCGAGGCUCAGGCGUGGUCCUGAGCAACGAGAACAAGCUGACCCUGAAGUCCGUCCGCCAGGAAGAUGCUGGGAAAUACGUGUGCCGAGCCGUGGUGCCGCGGGUCGGUGCCGGGGAGCGGGAGGUGACGCUCACUGUCAAUGGGCCACCCAUCAUCUCCAGCACCCAGACACAGCACGCCCUGCAUGGCCAGAAAGGGCAGAUCAAGUGCUUCAUCCGCAGCACCCCGCCCCCCGACCGGAUUGCUUGGUCCUGGAAGGAGAACGUCCUGGAGUCAGGGACCUCCGGGCGCUACACGGUGGAGACAGUGAGCACAGAUGAGGGUGUCAUCUCCACACUGACCAUCAGCAACAUCGUCCGGGCUGAUUUCCAAACCAUUUACAACUGCACAGCCUGGAACAGCUUUGGCUCUGACACCGAGAUCAUCCGGCUCAAAGAGCAAGGUACGGAAAUGAAAUCAGGAGCUGGUAUUCAAGCAGAGUCGGUGCCAAUGGCCGUGAUCAUCGGAGUGGCCGUGGGGGCCGGGGUGGCCUUCCUGGUGCUGAUGGCCACCAUCGUCGCCUUCUGCUGCGCCCGCUCCCAGAGGAAUCUGAAAGGUGUGGUUUCUGCCAAGAAUGAUAUCCGGGUGGAGAUCGUGCACAAGGAGCCGGCCUCGGGCAGGGAGACAGAGGAGCACCCAACCAUCAAGCAGCUGAUGAUGGACCGGGGGGAAUUCCAGCAGGACUCAGUGCUGAAGCAGCUAGAGGUGCUCAAAGAAGAGGAGAAGGAGUUUCAAAACCUGAAGGACCCCACCAACGGCUACUACAGCGUGAACACCUUCAAGGAGCACCACUCCACACCCACCAUCUCGCUGUCAGGCUGCCCCGGGGACCUGCGCCCGGCCGGCAAGCAGCGGGUGCCCACGGGCAUGUCCUUCACCAACAUCUACAGCACCCUGAGCGGGCAGAGCCGCCUCUACGACUACAGCCAGCGCUUCGGCCCCCCGCGCUGUAUCACGGGGCUGCGGUCAAUACAAGAGGUGUUUCUCGUGGCCGCCCCGCUGGCUCUUGGGUGA